AUGCGAGCAGAAAAAAUCUCAAAGCUAAAAACUGGACUGUUAGCUCAGCAGACUACAUUUGUACGGCAAACUCAGCUGAACCAAGCAUCAGUUCGGGCCAGCUUCCGUGUUGCUCAGCUGAUAGCAAGCUGCGGUAAACCUUUCACUGAAGGAGAGUUUGUCAAGAAAUGUUUGAAUGUUGUCGUGGAGGAGGUCUGUCCCGAGAAGAAAGAUGUCUUUAAUGCCGUGAGUCUGUCGGCAAGUAUAAUUACCAGACGCGUUGAAGAAAUUGGGGGUAAUGUGUAUGCCCAGCUGCAGCAGAAGACUAAAGAUUUUGACUUUUUUUCAUUAGCACUGGAUGAGAGCAUGGACGUGCAGGACACCGCGGAGCUUCUUAUUUUUAUUCGUGGAGUUACCGCAAACUUUGAGAUGUGCGAGGAGCUGGCAGCCCUACAAAGCCUGAAAGGCACUACGACUGGGGAGGAUAUUUUCGACAAAGUAUGUCAAACCAUGCAACAGUUGGAUCUGGACUGGGCAAAGCUUGCCAGCAUCACGACUGACGGGGCCCCUAGUAUGGUGGGCGCGUCUCGGGGUUUAAUAGGACGCAUGAACCGGGAGAUGGAAGAACGGGGUCUCACCGCCCCGCUACAAGUACACUGCCUAAUUCACCAGCAAGCGCUGUGCUGCAAAGUGUUGAAGUGGGAUUCUGUCAUGAAGGUUGUGGUAUCGUGCAUAAACUUCAUCAGAGCAAAUGGACUUAAACACAGGCAGUUCCAACAAUUCCUGUCUGAACUGGAGUCUGCGUACGGAGAUGUGCUGUACUACACAGAGAUCCGAUGGUUGAGCCGCGGCAAAGUUUUGAGGCGUUUUUACGAGCUGCUACCUGAAAUUAACGCAUUUCUUCAGUCAAAAGGCAAAACGGUCCCAGAGCUGAUCGACCCAGCAUGGAAAUGGCACCUCGCAUUUUUAACAGACGUGACAGAAAUGCUGAACGGCCUUAACUUGCAGCUACAAGGGAAGGGGAAACUCAUUUGCGACAUGUAUUCCCACAUAAAAGCAUUUGAGGUGAAACUAGCGCUGGUUUUGGAACAAGUGAAAAAGCACAACUUCACCCAUCUCCCUGCUACCCAAAGCUUUUCUGCAGAGAAGCCAGCUGUCGCGUUCCCAGGUGAAAAGUGUGUGGAAGCACUGGAAAUGCUGAAGGCGGAGUUCGGUGUACGAUUCCGUGAACUACAUGUUCAUGCAAAAGAAAUCCGUCUUUUUCAGAACCCUUUUGUUGCCGACAUCGAUGAAGCCCAGCCUUCUUAUCAGUUUGAGCUGGCCGAGUUACAGAACUUCAGAUGUUCUGAAAGACGCAUUCAAGCCCAACAGUCUCAUUGA